UUUUUAAGUGUUUUAACUUGCUGUCAUGGCUGAUCAUGUUGAUCAUGUCAUUGUAAAGAUCACAUUUUCUAGUUAAAAUAGCUCACGUAAUGAAAAUAAUUUUUGACUCCAGUACGUGAGGAUUAAAAAUACGUUUUUUUUAGUAAUAUCUAUAAAUUUCAUCCUUUCUUUCACUGAUAAUGUUUAUUUACAAGAAUCGAUGAACAUUCAUGAAAAAAAAAUUAACUACUCCAAUAUUUUGAAAUUAUUAAAACUAUGGAUAGCUUAACGGGAGUUGUGAAAGCAAUGUGUCGAGGUUUAGGAGACAGUUUAAAAGGUGCUGUAAUUCUUUAUUAUUUAGAUAAACAAAUUAAUGAAAAAUUUAAGAAAACUGCUUCCAAGCAAAAUGUAAGAAGAAGCGGUACACCAAAUAAUCAGAGUCCCGUCGUAAAAUCAAAAGAACUUCGGGAAUCGACAAUUCUUACAAGAACAAUGCAAUGUUGUGGUCUUAAUGGAGGAUUUUUUCUUGGGAGUAUUUUAAUAUUUGAGAAUAUUUUGUUUCCAUCUUUAAAAUAUUUAUUGACUGUUAUAUUUGGUGAUUCACAUGGUAUGGCCUCGACACUUUGGUCGUGGAUAAAUCCAUUUUUGUCCCUAACUUUUGGUACAUUUUGGAUAUUGCCUCUUUUUAUGCUCAGUAGGGUAAUCAACAGUUUUUGGUUUCAGGAUAUAGCUGACAGUGCGUACAGAUUUAGACAAGGUCGUCCUCAUCAUUUGCCGAGUGUCAGUAUUUUUGUAGCUGACAUGUUGGUUAGUAUCCUGGUUCAAGUGUUGUUCCUGGCGCAAGGAAUGCUCGUUUAUAAUAUUCCAUUGCCAAUGGUAGGCGAAUUACUUGCUCUUGUACACAUGUGCCUUUUGUAUUCACUUUAUUCAUUUGAAUAUAAAUGGUUUAACAUGGGAUGGGAAUUACAUCGACGACUUACAUUUAUUGAAGGCAAUUGGCCAUAUUUUAUUGGCUUUGGAUUGCCAUUAGCGUUACUUACAAAAUAUUUCGAUUCCCUUAUGAUGAGUGGUUGUGUAUUUUCUAUUUUAUUUCCACUCUUCAUAAUAAGUGGGAAUGAGGCGGAACCUGUGACUGGAGUUUGCGACUAUCCAUUAAAAUUGUUCACGCCUGUGAUCGCAGUCGCUAAUACACUUUUCACAAGAACAAUGGGUCCAGCUAGAAGACGGUGACAAAUGAAGCUCACGAACAUUCUUAAUACUAGUUAAAAGGAUUUUUAAAAUUUACCCAAAAACCGAAUUUUACCAAUUUUUUUUUAAAGGUAUUGAACUUGUAAAUACUUUUUUUUUUAAAUUACAAUCUAAUUCGACUCCUUUAAAAAAAAGAGUCGAAUUGAAUUUUAAAAAGAGCUUCCAGAAGUUUCUCCAUAUUUUUUAAAUCUUCAAUCUUUUUUACUGAAAAAACAAUUGUAAAAAUAUUUUUGACCAAUUUAGCGAAUUCAUCGAAUAAUUGUAAGAAAUUGUUUUUUUUCUGUAGAAACUCUACGAAGCUUUUUUUUUUAUUUGCAUAAAUUAUUAUUAUAGGAACAAAAUAAUUUUUUUUUAUUGGUAUAAUUAAGUUUUAAAUAAGAAUUUCAAGUUGACAAUGGCGCUUAUGUAGAAAAUAUAAUGGUAAAUGCCUUUUUAAUAGUUAUUAAAAGUCAAAUUUUGAUUUUUUAAUUAAAAAUUGCAGUAAAAGACAAUUUCUUUUUUAAUUUGCAUUAGUUGAAAAAUUUUAUUUACAUAAAUUGAAAAUAUUGACUUUUAACAACUAGGUAUUUAGCAUAGUUAUUUAUUUAUAUUUCGAAUAUUAGAUAUUUUAAAAUAAUAUAUAAUCGCGCAAUUUUUUCGCUUAGGGACUGUUAUAAAAAAUUAGACUCUACAUUUAUUUAUGUUAGCAAAUUUUUUAAAAUUAUUUGGAAAAUGGAAAAAUUUAUAAAAUUAGAAUUUAAUGCGGAAAAUAUUAUAUACAUAGGUAUAUCUAAAAAAAUUAGUUUUAAUUUUUGAAAAAAAAGUCACAACAGUUUAUUAGUCAAUUUAAUAUUCAAUAUACAAAAAAAAGACUUUGUUUCAUUAAUGGUGCACAAUUUAUUAAGAUAAAUUAAAUAUUUUUUUUCAUUAUUUUACAAUUAAUUCUUUGUAUAUUUGUUUUAACAUUGAAAUUAUUUUUUUAUUUUCGAUUAAUUUACAUUUUAAAAUGAUAUCAAGAAAUAUAUAUUUUAUAAUUCUUUUUACAUUUAUUUUAUGAAGAAAAUAAUUUUCUAAUCAAUUUAAAUUAACUAAAAUUGAAAUAAUAAUAAUAAAAAUUCAUUUUUUUAUGAAUAUAGAAGGAAAAAAGCUUUCUUUUAUAUUAUAAUCAUCACUUUAAUUUUCGAUGUAAAUUGCAUAUAGGCAUUUACUGUAUACGUUGCGAAGAAAUUAGCAAAUAGACUGUGAUAAGUUUGAUAACAAUUAAGUAACGUAGAGUUCGAAUUUGUAAAACAGAAAAAAUAAAUAAAAAAAUAUUUCUCAAAAAAAUGAAAAAAAGCAAUAAACAUUUUGAGAAAUGUUGAAGAAUUUUUGUAAUUUUCAACUCUACCGAAAAUAUUGAGAUUGUACUUUUUGCCUAAUUUCCGAAUUUCACGCAAAAAAAAAAUGCAUUUUUACGAAAAAGAACAAAAAAAAUUUAAAUAAAGAUCAAUUUUUAAAUUUUUGGAUGAAAAUUCGAAAAAGUGUAUUUUUUAAAAAUAAAUUUUAUAUAUUAUUAAAUAAAAUGUUUUUGCAUAAAACAAAAACAAAACAAAAAAAAUAAUUUUUGACGCAUAAUAUUAAGUGUUCAUAAGUAGAAUUCUAAGAACGAGACUGCUUUAUUUAAUUUUGUCACUUGUUUCUGUUAAUUGAUAUAAUAUAUAUUUGAAAUAAGAAAUUUCCCAAUUUUUACAAACUAUCCACUCCGAGUGUAAAUAGAAAAAUAAAUUAUAAAUUUUAUGUACUCUCACGUGUGACGAUAAUACCAAUUAAUUGUACAGCACUUAAGAAUAACAUUUAGAAUUUUAUAUCGGUUUGUGAGGGGAAAAAAAAGAUUGUUUAUAGCAAAUUGUACAUAUAUUAUACGAAAUAAAUGUUUUUUUUACACUGUA